AUGGUUCAGUCACCUAUGCUUUCGUGUCCGCUGAAGCAGACCAACGAGAUCGAUUGGGUCCAGCCCCUCAAGGAUUACAUCCGACAGACCUAUGGCGAGGACCCCGAGCGCUACGCGCAAGAAUGUAACACCCUCAACCGACUUCGCCAGGAUAUGAGAGGAGCUGGAAAGGAUAGCGCUACCGGCCGUGAUCUGCUGUAUCGAUACUAUGGCCAACUAGAACUCUUGGAUCUACGGUUCCCCGUUGAUGAGAACCAUAUCAAGAUCUCGUUCACAUGGUACGAUGCCUUCACCCAUAAGCCUACUUCACAGUAUUCCCUGGCCUACGAGAAAGCUUCCAUCAUCUUCAAUAUCUCUGCCGUUCUCUCCUGCCAUGCUGCCGAUCAGAAUCGCGCCGAGGAUACUGGGCUCAAGACUGCAUAUCACUCCUUCCAGGCAUCAGCUGGAAUGUUCACCUAUAUCAACGAGAACUUCCUUCAUGCACCCUCGACCGAUCUGAACAGGGAUACCGUCAAGACCCUUAUCCACAUUACACUUGCUCAGGCCCAAGAGGUGUUCCUCGAGAAGCAAAUAGCAGACGGAAAGAAGCCGGGAUUUCUUGCCAAACUAGCCAGCCAAUCCGCCUAUCUCUAUUCUCAGGCUGCGGAGACCUUGCAGGACUUUGUGACUAAGAAUGUCUUUGACAAGGUCUGGUCGGUCGUAGCGCAGGCUAAGACGGCGCAUAUGGGCUCUGUGGCAUCUUACUUCCAGGCGAUUGCAGACAGCGAGAGUAAUUCCCAUGGUAUUGCAAUUGCUCGACUUCAGCUUGCCGACAAACAAUCCGCUACGGCGAUCAGUUGCGCCAAGGGAUUCCCCUCGUCCCCUCCAGCAACAUCCAAUCUCACUGCAGAGUCUGGAAGUACCCUCAUGGAUCAAAUCAAGCAUCACCAUUCAAAUGUUGAGACCCAGCUCGCCUCAAUGACCAAGGACAACGAUUUCAUCUACCACCAGCCAGUCCCAAGCGAGGCUGGGCUCUCGCCAGUAGCCAAGCUGCCAGCUGCCAAGGCAAUUCCAGUCAGCGAGUUAUACCAAGGACAGGAUAUCCAGCGGAUUAUUGGCCCUGAUAUAUUCCAGAAACUCGUACCCAUGGCCAUUACAGAGAGUGCUAGCUUGUACGACGAAGAGAAGGCCAAGCUGAUUCGUGCUGAAACCGAAAAGGUGGAAACCGCCAACGGCGAGAUGGCUGCUAGCCUUGACUAUUUGAAACUUCCUGGUAGUCUUAACAUUUUGAAAGGCGGCAUGGACCAAGAGAUGACCGUGGAUGAAGAUUUCCGUCGUUGGUGCUCGGAGCUUGGUGGGCAUAAGCCAUUCAAUAAAGCCCUCGAUGAGUUGCAGGACCGGAAAGCAGAGGUCCAAGCUGCGCUGGAUGGAUGUUCCAAACAACUCGACCUGGAAGAGAGCGUUUGUGAGAAGAUGCGAUCCAAGUAUGGGGGUGAUUGGAGCCAACAACCCAGCGGCCGUCUCAACACUACGCUUCGAGGGGACGUUCGCGCCUACCGGGAUACGAUCAGCGAAGCCAGUGCUAGUGACACUCAGCUUUCAGCCACAUUCCGGCAAUACGAGAGUGACUUCGAUCAGAUGCGUUCCGCUGGAGAGACAGAUGAAGCCGAUGUGCUUUUCCAGCGGGCCAUGAUCAAAGCCGGCUCAAAGCAUUCUAAAGGCAAAAAUGGCGUAUCUAGCCCUGCCGAAGGUAGUCUCCUGGAUGAUGUGAACAUUGAGGGCGGCAUGUCUGUAUCGGAUCAAAUUAACAAGGUUGAGGAGAUCUUGAAGAAGCUCAAUCUUGUCAAGCGUGAACGCUCUCAAGUACUGAAGGAUCUGAAAGAAAAGGUUCACAAUGAUGACAUCUCAAACGUGUUAAUUUUGAAUAAGAAGUCAAUUGCCGGCCAGGAGACCCAGCUUUUCGAAGCAGAGCUUGAGAAGUUUCGCCCGCAUCAAAAUCGCCUCCUACAGGCCAACCACAAACAGUCUUCACUGAUGAAGGAGUUGACAAAGAUCUACGCCGAUUUACUCCAAGACAAGCGAGUCCAGUCCGAGCAGUCAAAAUAUGAGGGCAUUACUCGGCAACGGAAUUCUGUCAUGGCACGUUACAAGAAGAUCUAUGAGGCCUACAAUGGUCUUUCAUCUGGUGUUGUCCAGGCACGGACCUUCUACAAGGAAAUGGGCGAGAAUGCCGAUAGCCUGCGCAAGAACGUCGAGACCUUUAUCAGCAACCGCCGGUCCGAAGGUGCACAACUCUUGAGCCAGAUUGAGCGAGACAAGGCAAGCGGUGUUUCGGAGCAGGAGGACCGCGAGCGAGAAAAGCUUCGACAGCUGAUGGAACGCCUCUCUACGGAGCCUAAAACAUCGUCGACCUCGCCUUCCACUGGAUCCGCGGGGGCUCCCCCAGCUCCAUCUAAAAUCAAGUCGCCUCCGCCGCCAGUCCAUGCACCUUCGUAUUCAGCAACUGGUCCGUCUCCCCAGAUGUCCCCACGCUAUCCGCCCACCAUGCCUGGGGCACCUGGUGCUCCUCUCUCGCAUUCACCGGCACCUUACGGUCAAUACAUGAGCGCGAAUUCCGGAUACAUGUCUGGUCAGCCAUUCCAACAGGGAGCUGCCGCGCCUCUCUCCGAAGGAUAUAACCCCAUGGCAUACCCGUAUCAGACACCUGUCUCGCCGCCUCCGAACCAACAAUACUUCUCUCAAACUCCUACCCCAUACAGCGGCUACACCAGCGCCAGUCCAGCUCCCUCUGCUGCAGUAGCCACUCCACAACAGCAUUACAUGGCUCCCCAGGGCUACAUCCCCCCUCCACCUCCCCCUCGUCCACAGCAACCCAGCUACCCCCCUUCGGCUGGUGGAGUCUACCCAUCCGGGCCUGGCGGUUACUCGCAGGCCCGGCCAUACGGCCACCAAAAGGCGCCUUCCCAAUCUCAGCCACCAUCCGCAUCGAAUGACCCGUGGGCAGGACUAAAUGCGUGGAAAUGA